AUGCCUCCUAUACGGAUCACCCCUACGCCGUGGAGGGCACCCGUUGCCGCUCCACGAAGGCCUAAAUGCGAGCUUGACGUAUGGACGCGUACGAAGAUCGUCGAACUGAAAACGGUUGCGCUAUGGUCUUAUAAGCAAAUCCAGAGGGAAUACCCUUCUAUUCCUCUAUCGACGAUCAAAUAUACGGUCAAAAAGGCUAACGAGCGCAAUAUGAAUAUAUCUUUACCUCGUUCUGGCCGUCCGAAGGUGCUAGAUGAGGCUAAUCGGCAGAAGAUUAUCGACAAAGUCCACGCCGAACCACGCGUUCAAUACGCAGACCUUCUUGCAGAAGUCAGUAAUAAAUGCAAGAAAGACUCUAUCGCUCGCUUACUGUCUGUUGAAGGUCUAAAGAAGUGGCGAGUGAUGAAACGGCCUUAUUUAAAGGAUGAACACGCCGCAAAACGACUCUCGUGGGCGCGGAGAUACGAACACUAUAUGAAAGAGGACUAG